AUGGAUGAAGUAAACGUACCAGGUGCACAAGCAUCAGACGUAAUUUUGCAAGAACAAUUGAAAACAGCUAAACAAGAAAUUCAAAGUUUAACUCAACAGCUUAACUGUCUUCUUGUAUUAACAAAAAAUGCUUGGCAUGGUGAUGAAACAGCUACUGCACACUUAGCUCGAGUUAUUGGGAUCAAUUCUGACGCUGAACCAAAUGCUUUUUUUGAAAGGAAACCACCAAUACGUUCAUCAACAAAAAAAACAGUAAAAAUUGCCGAUGAUGACGAAAUGGAAUCGAAACAAACGCAAAGUAUUGUGAGCUCAGUAAGUCAAGAAAAUCUAGAUGGUCAGCAAGUAAAUGUUCAAGUAGCUGUUCGAAAUACAUAUCUUCAACCAUUUUUGAAACAGAGUCAUAUUGAUCCAAUCAGAGGACAAAAUUCAAAACAAAUUUUCAACAAUAUGCUUCGCUAUCAUCAAAGUGAAAUGCAAAAACCACCGGCUAUUUUAAAUCGAAAUUCGCAAUCCAGCGUUCGACCUCGUGCAACAAAACAUCUUUAUCGGCCAGCAUCUGCUGAUCAUGUUGUACGUCAUCUUGGCAGUCCAAUCAGUCGUCCAAAACCUUAUUUUGUUUUUGCUGGACGGGAAUUUUUUCAACGAACAACUAAUCAUUCUCCAUUAUAUCAAAGAGCACUUAUCAAUUCAAGUGGAUCACGUCAAUCAGAGCAUUCUGAUAUUUCUGAUGAAUCCGAAGUUAUACCAUCGCCAACAACUGAACCAAUCAUUGCACGUCCACAAACAGCGAAAUCAAUUCCACAAGCAUCAACACUUCGUUUUUCAGCACGUUCGGCGAUGAGUCUCGCUCCUGCAAGAAUACCAUCUGCGCUUAGUAAUGGAUCCAAUACAAAAGGAAAACCAAUGAGUGAACGUGAACGACGUGAUGCAAUGCGACUUCAACGGCAACUUAAUUUACCUCGGCAAGGUUGGCUUAAUCAACAUUCUUGA